CCAGAUGUCACCACCAGCACAUUUCCUCUGGCACCGAAAAUGGGCUGCGCAAUAUCAGGUCUCGCAGCAAAAUCCGAGUUUGCAGAGAAGACUUCAGAGGAUGCUGCUGCUGCCGCGUAUCCCAGCGAGGACCAGAUUCAGAUGAUUAAAGACUCGUGGAAAGUUAUCCGGGACGAUAUAGCCAAAGUUGGGAUUAUUAUGUUCGUCAGGUUGUUUGAGACCCAUCCUGAAUGCAAGGACGUCUUUUUCCUCUUCCGAGAUGUGGAGGACCUGGAGAGGUUGCGGACCAGCCGAGAACUCAGGGCGCACGGCUUGCGGGUGAUGUCUUUUAUUGAAAAAAGUGUGGCUAGACUGGACCAGCUGGACAGACUGGAGGCUCUGGCUCUGGAGCUGGGGAAAAGCCAUUAUCAUUACAACGCCCCGCCUAAGUACUACAGCUAUGUCGGAGCAGAAUUCAUCUGCGCCGUGCAGCCCAUCUUGAAGGAGAGGUGGACGGCCGAGCUGGAGGAGGCGUGGAAGACCAUGUUCCAGUUUGUGACCAGCCUCAUGAACCAGGGAUACCAGGAAGAGAGCGCCCGGCAGCGCCAGCUCGCGCUAUCCCCGAAGGAAAGACCGGACAAGAGAAACACAGCGCUAUGAGACAGCACUUCUUUUAAACGCCACACAGACUGUUAUCACCAGUACAGCACAAAAAUGCAGUUUGUAAAUAGCGUAUU